CGGAUUCCUUGCUUUCUAUCGAACACGGCCGAACGCCGAGGAGGUACGGGCUCUAAACGCGGCUGGUACGCGCUUCACGCUCGACGUACGCUGGAUGUUUACCCCGUUCGCGGGACGACGGGCCAUGUCUACAAUUUCUUUUCUCGUUCGGCCCCGGCUGGCUAUAUAGGCCAAGGAAAGAACGCGGCGAACAUGCUCUCGGCGCCGAUUCGGAGUGGCCGCUCGUUUUUAUUCGAUCGUCGAAUUUAAGUUCGAUAGUAAAAAAUUAGGUCAGACUUCGAUUCAAUAGCGUUGCCGACGGAUCUAUUAGAGGAUUCUAACAUAUUCAAAUUCACUUCGAUACGAACACAAAAAUAAAAUUUAAUCGCCGUAGAAAUAAUUUUCUGUCGAAAACAUUAUUUUUUUUUAAAUCUAAUUCAGCGUUCGCAUUGCAAUCCAAUAAUAUCGAUAACUUUUUAAAUAAGAGGAUUGCAUUGAAAGAUUGAUCUCAUGAUUGCAACAUUAAUUAUCGCCGGUAAUUGAGAAAGAAGUACAUCUGAGGCUUUAACUCGAUCAUGCCAAAUGUUACAGGCUGUUCGCAUUCGCAUUCGUGAAUGUUCAUCUUUCAUACGAACGGACUAUUAAGAAACAUUAAUAUCAAGGCGCUCGCUAGUUCAUGAAUUCUCCCCGAGGGUGUUCGCAGGAAAGUAGUCACGGAUGGUCGAUCGCCGUGCACGCUGCUUCUCACCGCAAAACAGCAGUGAAGAGCCGAUCCUCUUCAUCGUUAAUUUCGAAAGGUUUAUCGCUAUGCAAAUUGAACGACGAUAUCGGAUCCCGCCGACGAUACUGCCGUAACUUCCGCGGAUUUAUAGCGCGUGAUAAUCGUAAAUAGGAAUAAUUGUCGCGGCACGCGGAUCGCGGUAAUUGCGAUUUACCGUCCCUUCGCUUAAUUGCAGCCCCGCGCUUUCGUUGCGCUUUAACGGCGUAGGAGGAUUCCGCGACGGCCCCCGCUGGGGUUGUCUCCGCGGAGGGUGUGUGCGUAAAAUGCCUGGUCGCCGCGCGACCGAGUAUAACCAGUUUCUUUCCACUGCUUGAAAUCUCGCUGUUGCACUCAUCGAAGUCACUCGGCGAGUUGACUGAGAGUUGGCGAAAGAGGGAGUGGGAGAGAGAAAGAAAGAUGGGAGCGCGAGCGCGAAAAAGAGAGUGAGCGAAUGCUCGCGAGCGAGCGAGCGAGGAGGAGGAGGAGGAGGAGUAGGUGGUGCGUGGUGGAAUGGCGGAUGAAAGGGAGACAGCCGAGGCGUGGUGCGACGCGGAGGGAGGAAGAAGAAAUGUGGACAGAAAUAAUCGGAGAAAAUGACAAGGUGGAGAGGUGAAUUAGCGACAAAGAUUCCGGCAAUCGGCGGAGGAAAGAUACAGGGGGGACAAAUGACUUUUGCAAAUUUUUCGAUAGAAAAAUAACGUAGCGUGAUAAAGAGGAUUAAGGAAUUAAGCGGGAUUCCGGGCGUUAAAUAGCGGGAACGGAGAUAGAGCGAAAGUGUGUGUGCCGUUCGCGGGUAACGGUGACAGAGAAUUAAUAGAUACAUAAAAACUUGAAACGAAGAGGUGAAGGAAGUGCACGGUCCGGGAUCUUUAAAGAGCCAUAAUCGUGAAAAUAUAUUAUGAAGAUAAAGAGACACGCGAAGGCAGGAACUAACGAAGAAACGUAAGGAGAAAUGAGGAAGAGAAAAAGAAGAGACGCCCGUAUACGGGAGGCUCCAACAAAGACGGAGAGAUAUAUGAAGACAGCACUAAAGAGUGAAGAGAGCCGGGAAGAAAAGAGGGAGGCAAUGAAAUCGGUAGGGAAGAUAUAUAUCCGUGCGGAUCGGCAGCGGGAGAGGGAAAGGAUGCACGACGGCGAUUAAAAAGUCGAGAGUGACACGCGGGAGGGACGUUAAUUUCGGCGGGGAGGAAAUCUCUCGGUGGAAGAUACAUGCUCGUGACGCGGCCCGCAAUAUAAAGACAGAGCGGGCGCGCGAAGACAGAAGCUGAAAGGUGAAGAGAAUCCGCCGAGGAAGCGGGAGAGAACGCGGUGAAAUACCCGCCGAUGAAAAGAGGUGGAGAGAGGCAAAAAGGAGAGAAAGAGCGUGCGAAUGGCCGUGUAUGCGUUCGCGUGCGCCCCGUGCGUUGUAUGCGCCGCGCGAGAGUGAGCCGUGCCGCCAAUCUCUCGCGGAAGGUGGGGGUCUACUUCGGUGCGCGCUGUACUCCGGCCAGGUCGUACUAGACGCCGUCGCUCGGUCGCGUACAACAGCCUUCGCAUUCUUCGGAGAAGUGAAAGCAGUUUGAGGGAAAUUCUGGCGGCGGCCAGGCGUUCGUUCGCCACGAGCAGAAAUCGGCCGUGCGACGUUUUCCAUCGCCCGCACCGAGAUCGCGUCGAGAACGCAUCCCGAUCGGUCCUCUCUGCCCUUAUCGGCGCGCGAUCGGGCUCGUUACGAAAUCGGCUGUAAUCUCGCCCCGGGGUGACGUGUGUACGCGCAUACGCGCGAAGCAGAUGGCGAGCUCGGACGCAAUUCUGUGCCCCGCGGUGAGAUAAUGGACAAGCGCCAUGAGGCACCUACUACGUGGAGAACGUUGCGAAAUCAUCGCCGGAGGAGAAUAGGAAAGCGCUACUCAUUAAAUACUAGGUCAUAAAAUGGUAUCGAGGCGGAAGAUACUUUCGCGCUCGCGAGAUAAUCUCGCGGAAUCGCAAUACGAAGAACAAGAAGAAGAAGACGUAUGGUAUAAUUUGGAUAAAUUGUACAAGGAUCACAUACAAGAAGUCUUAGACAAAUGGAAUCAAAUAGAUGACGAAAUUUGGGCAAAAGUUAUCGUCUUUGAGAGAAAUAGACGGGUUGCGAAAGCGUAUGCCAGAGCACCUGUUCUCACGAUAAACGGCUCCAAUGACGGAUUCGACGGAUUCAGAAUAGGACUUUGUGGAUUUGACAAUCCCAUGCGAGAUUCGAAAACGGAGGAGGCAAAACGUCACAUAAAUCAGGGAGUUAAGAUAAAGAUGGACGAGCAGGGCAACAUACUCAUCAAGAGAUUGUGUAAAAAUAACGUGCACGUGAAGUCGACGAAUCAAGAGGAUAACGCAAUCGGCCCAGAAAUCAUACGUAAUUCGCAAGGCGCGCUCGAACACGAAAAACCCGGAAAGCUGUUUGACAUGAAUAAAUUCCAAACAAAUCUAUCACGGGAAACACGAAGGGCUUACCCGGACAGACGGCGAUUGGAGAUGCAAUGUCUGAGCGCUAUCAUAUUCGUGAGAACGGAGGCCGACUUGCUUCAAUGCCCCGUAUGGGUACUCAUCGUCAAUGUAGUCGGACUGGACAUGCUCAAGUCAAAGCUCCCACCAGUUUUAGCACUACAGAGACCGGUAGAUAUAAAGAAUAGACCUAGAAUACCAAUUCCUGACGAAGAUCCCUACAGCGUGGCCGGCGUAUCGUCGUCCAUAGGUCCUAGCGAAAUAAUGCCGGCGGACAGGGAUUCGCGGGAGCAGAUUUAUAUGCAAUCAACGAGUUACCAGCAUCGACGUGCAGAGAGACCGCCAAAACUGCCUCCUAGAGAAAACCUUUAUGGCCAUGGCAUCCCUAAGCCCGAUUACGAUGACAUAGAAGAUGAUUAUACCAGAGCGAUAAAACAUCCCAUAAUGAACGAGGAAAAGCGAAGUAGACAUGAUGACAGAAAAAAAUACGACGAUCCAUAUUAUUGUGGUUUACGAGCACGUGUGCCUAAUUUCGUCAAAAUGGCAAGGAAUGGUAAGAUGGGUCUACCUCCUCCUCGAGGACAUUCCAGGACACAAGCGGCACCGUCUUACGUGGGUGCCGCGUACGCUAGUAGUCAGUCAUCUCAAAUAUAUGGGCACUUGCCAGCCCAUCGGCCGCCGAUUAUGUAUCACGCCAGAAGCUUCGAAAGUGGACUCGAUUCGGACAACAGGAAUGAAUCGCCGUACAACCACAUAUACGGAAGGUUACCGAUCCCGACCAGAGGCGUGAUACCUCCGACCCCGCGCGCUAUGUAUAUUGGAGAGUGGGACUAGAUAUAAGAGAUAUUUCGGCGUCUGUACUUAUAAAGCUCUGUAUAUUGUUAAUAUACCACAUAAAUACUCAUAUUUUUAUGCUAGCA